AUGGUCAGGGCACAGGAAAAGCAGGAUAUCGCUGUCGGCAUCCUCGCACUGCAAGGGGCAUUUGCGGAGCACCAGGUCGCUCUCCAGAAGCUGCCGAUUCCCCGCAAAGUCUCUGUCGUCCUCGUCCGCACCCCAGAGGACCUUGAUAGAUCUCUCCUCGCACGUCUCGCUGGUCUCCUCGAACCUCUGAGACUGUUCCUCAAGCAAAAGCCCAUCUGGGGAACCUGCGCCGGUGCUAUCCUCCUCGCGCAGGCGGUCGAGAACACCAAGAAGGGCGGGCAGGAGCUCAUCGGCGGCAUGUCCGUCACUGUCGCGCGCAACGGAUGGGGAUCCCAGGUCGAGUCGUUCGAAGCGCUGCUCUACGUUGACGGCCUCCGGGACGCAGAGCAGUCCUUCACCGGCGUGUUCAUCCGGGCACCGGUCGUGCUCAGCAUGAACCCCAAACCCGAUGACGCCCCAAUGGAGAUCCUCGCCCGCCUCCCGGCAAGCGUGCUCCCCAAGGGCCAGACGCUCGUGUCCCCCGAUGAGGACGACACCGACCCGCGAGAUACGCGUACCGUCGUUGCGAUUCGCCAGGGCAAGCACAUGCUCACGACGUUUCACCCCGAGCUCACAAAGGACAACCGGUUCCACGAACCCACCUCUUGCCAUCUUGUUCGCGUCCCCACUCCGUUCUUAUCUCCGUCUCCUAUACGCCAACACCAGGACACAAGUCCCACCGGCGCCCUCCUUAUCACGCCAAACCCUGCACACCCCAUGUGGUCCCUCUCAGGCCCUCCCGUAAGAAUAGAAGCGCCCGCGCUGGUACGCGAAGCCUCUCCACAUGCUCACCUUGACAAAGUACGGGCCAUCUGGACUAUCCUAGCACACGCCCGCAUGAGCGCCUGCAUCCGGGCUUUAGUUGGGUGGGCUGCAAAUCAGAUCCUCCAUAAGAACGCUCCCAUGCUCUCCUACAUCGCUGCAGAUCAGCAACGCUCCCUCUCUUCCUACCUCCAAGCUAGCAUCCAGCGGUCGACAGAGAUGCGUCUUACAGUGUCGACGCUGCUCUCUGCAGCAAUCCUUGGUGCGCUCUCCGCGACAGGUACAAGCGCGCGCACGCUGCGCCCCGACGAGGUCCGCGCACGCCAGGCAGAUGCAGCGAGACAAUUCGAAGCCAAUGCGCGAAGUGCGCGCGCUGCGGCGAACGGGACAGCGUCGGGGGUGAAGAACAUCACGUUUACGAAUCCGCGGGCGUCUGACUUCUACGUCGACGGCGCGACGCUCCCGCUUGUGGACUUCGACUUGGGUCCGAGCUGGGCGGGGUUGUUGCCUAUUAGCAAUGAGACGGACGAGACGCGUCAGCUCUACUUCUGGUUCUUCCCGCCCGGACCCGAAGGCAGCCUCGACGACAUCAUCUUCUGGACGAACGGCGGACCGGGGUGUUCAUCGCUCGAGGGCGUGCUGCAGGAGAACGGUCCCCUCACCUGGUCCUGGGGCCAAGCACACGCAACGCCGAACGAGCACAGCUGGACGAACCUCUCGAGCGUGCUCUGGGUCGAGCAGCCCGUCGGCACCGGCUUCUCGCAGGGCACGCCGAACAUCAAGAACGAGGACGAGCUCGCGGCACAGCUCGUGGGCUUUAUGCAGCAGUUCCUGGAGGUGUUCGGCGAGCUGAAGGGGAAGAAGCUGUAUUUGACUGGGGAGAGUUACGCGGGGACGUAUGUGCCUUAUAUCGCGAACUACAUCUAUGAGAACCCGGACCUGCUCGACUUGUCUCUGCAAGGGAUAUGGGUCAGCGAUCCAUCGCUGUCCUGGGAUGUCGUCCAGGAACAAAUCCCAGCAGUCGACUUCGUCAACCGCUACGCAGGCCUCUUCUCAUUCAACCUUCCGCGCACAGCGAAACCUACGCGGCCUCCCUCAAUGCCAAAGCCGAGCAGUGCAACUACGCUGGCUACGUCGAAAAAUACGUCACAUACCCACCCGCGGGGCCCCCUGCCGCUCCCAGGCACAUCGGUAGAGGCAGACCCAGGAUGCGAUGUGUGGGACGACAUCUUCAACAAUGCGUUGAUCACGAAUCCGGCGUUUGAUAUUUAUCGUAUAUGGGACACGUACCCCAUCCUAUGGGACGUCCUCGGGUUCCCCGGCUCCUUCCCACAACAGCAAUCCCCCAUCUACUUCAACAGGCCCGACGUCAAAGCGGCCAUCCACGCGCCGCCGAACGUGACGUGGGCCGAGUGCUCGAACGUGAACGUGUUCCCCGACGGCGACGGCAGCCUCCCGCCCGCGUUCACGGUCCUCCCGAACGUGAUCGAGAAGAGCCAGCGGAGCGUGAUCGUGCAUGGGUUGGCGGACUUUAUUCUGAUUGCCGAGGGAACGCGGAUCGUCAUUCAGAACAUGACAUGGAACGGCCUGCAAGGCUUCCAGACGCCGAUCGAGAACGACACCUUCAUCGUGGACGGCGUCGGCGCGUUCGGCCAGAUGCACUCCGAGCGCGGUCUGACGUACUUCGAGGUCAUUCUCAGUGGACACAUGGUGCCACAAUUCUCGCCAGUGGCGGCUUUCCAGAUUAUGCAGUACCUGAUGGGCUUCAGGGACUCUCCCUAG